AUGGCUGACAAUAGAAGCCGGGACCCUCAAUGGGCACUUUUACGCCAACAACAGUCCUCCCGUGGAUUGUUUUCUCCUGAGAUCGUCGAUCUCGUGCUACCUCCUCUGAAAUUUGGUGGUUACGCCGGGACUGCCGGUGUUUUGGCAGGUGUCGGGGGUUCCAUAUUCAAAGAAGCAAACCCUAUAGUCUGGGGCGCAAUCUCUGGGUUUCAGUGGUUUACUUUGGGAACAAGCUUUUGGUUCACGAGAAGCAUCGUGGUAAAAGCAUGGGGCGGUGAAGAAAGACUGAAAAAUGGCGACAAGACAAUGGCCAGCGCGAUAGCUGGCACAGCAGCUGGUGCGGUUGGUGGCUUGAUCCGAGGACCAAAGAACAUCCUUCCUGCCAUGUUCGUAUGGACAGUAUUUGGAACGGGUGGACAGAUAGUAGCAAACCGUAUGGCAGCUCGCAAGCCCAAGGUCCAGGAUGAAAACGAUGAGACAUUCUUUACUCGGUGGACUCCACUCAAGAAGCUUACGGACCAGGAGUAUAGAGACAUGAUGUCGGAAAAGAUGCUGAGGAUAGACGCCGAUAUUGCGCUUAUCGAUGACCGUGUUGCUGAGCUGAGGAAACAAGCUGAAGAGGAAGCACAGAGCAGCUCUUCACCAUAA